AUGAAUCGUCCCGCAUCAACAGGAGAGCAGCAAUCGAUACCUUCGACAGCACUCUCCGAUACUGGACUGCCUUCGAAUGAGCAGCGGGCUCAAGAGCUCGACAGAUACUACACACCAAGCAACAAGUCAGCUCUGCGAUUGACAGACCGAGAUUCGGCUUUGUCAGCAUACAUGCAACUCUUAUGCUGGCGUCUAGGCAUGCGCAGGGCAUUGGUCAGCCUCAUUGAUCGUGACACCCAAUACUACGUUGCCGAAUCUACAAGAACUAUGGACUUACACAAUCCGAACGAUUUCGUUGAUGAGGGUGAUGGUCCGCUGUCUCUCCAUGAGAGCCACCCCAAGACAGGUAUCUUAUGUGCUGAGACCAUCCGACAAGUGGCUGCAUCUACCGAGGAGCCUGCUUAUUUCGAGAUCUGCGAUUUGGCUGCCGAUACCAGAUUUUCCCAGCUGAACAUUGUCGAGGAACUGAAAAUUGCCUACUAUUGUGGCGUGCCUAUACGUACGAGCAACAAGAUUGUGAUUGGCACUGUGUUUGUUCUGGACGAUAAAGUCCGCGAGCCUCUUUCCUUGCAGUACAUACUUUUUCUCACAUCAAUCGCCGACAAUGUCAUGCUGCAUUUAGAGUAUCGCAAACAACGAAUGGAUGUUGCCAGGAUCAUGGAGAUGAAUAAAUCCCUCGCGUCCUUUAUGGACUCUCACCAGGAAGAUCAGAAGCCGACCCCACCAUGUAAAUCGCGUACUAAGGUUCAAGAUCCCCCAGCAACCAGCGAGCAGAACAGUCGACGUAGCAGCACAGACAAGUCUUCAGAAGAUGAACUUCCCCUAGGCAACGGUGGAAGGGAUUACAAUCAAGUCUUUAGCCGUGCUUCUGCUCUGCUGCGGCAAUCCUUGUCCUUGCUUGAAGAUGGUGGAGGUGUGAUCUUUUUCGACACGGUGCCAAAAUCCUCAGGAGGAAGUAGCUCAGGUCAUAGCCUCUAUCGAAGCGACAGAGGCCCGAAACAGGAUUCUUCCAGACUGGCUCCUGAUACUGCUCAAUUGUCACGUACUCCCUCGGAUGAAGACGGGAACAGAAAGGACAACCUUGGAGCUCAUGCCGCUAUCCUUGCUUACAACAUCCGUAAUGCGUCUUCUGGCAACCCAGACCAGGCGUGCCAUCUGAGCGAGGAACUGCCUGCAAAGAUACCGGUCAAGACUCUUUUGAAGUUUAUCAAGAAGGUUCCUGGGGGACAGGUCUACCAUUUCCCAGAAUUGAACUCUCCUAGCACGGGAGAAUUGACAAGAUCAAGGUCUGGGAAUCCGCAGCAUCAAGGCAACAUUGAGGAGGCUGAUGUGAGAUCGCUUUUCUCAUAUCUUCCUGGAGCCGUGGAAAUCAUCUUCGUCCCGUUAUGGAACACACAUCUUGAUCGAUGGUCAGUUUGCCUUGCCUACACACUUUCGAGCGAACGAAACUUCACCUGGGAAAUCGAUUAUUUCUUCUGCCGAGCAUUCUGCAACUGCGUGAAAGCCGAAGUUGACAGAUGUGCCGUCGUGCUCGCGGAUCGACAAAAGGGUGACUUCAUUGGAUCAGUCAGUCACGAAUUGCGGUCUCCACUGCACGGUAUUCUGGCUUCUUGCGAGCUCAUUCAGGAAACCGAGAUGUCACGCUUCCAGGCAUCACUCAUUGAUACUACAGAGAGCUGCGCGCACACGCUCCUAGACACCAUCCAGAUGGUUCUCGACUACAGCAAGGUGAACGCAUUCACAAAGCAUCCACCAGGGGAGAAACUUAACGUCAGACCACACGUCGUCAAAGGAGGCGUUGAGCCACUCCUGAGCACAUAUUCUCACGUCAACCUCGCGGCAAUUGCAGAAGAGGUUAUUGAAGGUGUGACUACCGGCUUUCUUGCAAAGAGUGAUCCAAGUAUGGAACUAGGUUUUGCAGGAGAAAGAGCAAAACGCGACGCCAAAUCAUUUGAGGACCUGGUAGCCACGCCUCAGUCACCUGUGGAAGUCAUUCUUGACGUGAGCCCACCACAAGAUUGGACUUUCGUCACUCAACCUGGAGCAUAUCGGCGUAUCAUCAUGAAUAUCUUUGGAAAUAGUCUGAAGUACACAGAGCAUGGCUACAUAAACAUUUCUCUCAAUUGCGAAGAGAUGAGCACAAAAGAAUCAGAUCCUUCCAUGGCGAUAGUUGAACUGAACGUCAAAGACUCUGGCAAAGGGAUAUCACAAGCUUAUAUGGACACCAAAAUGUUCACGCCCUUCGCGCAGGAAUCCGCCUUGGCUCCUAGUACUGGCCUUGGACUGUCUUUGGUCCGAUCUCUGGUCCAGAUGAUGGACGGAGAGAUUGAAGUUCGGUCUGAAGUCAAUCACGGUACACAGGUCAAAGUAAGGAUCCCGAUGAAACGCGCGAUGAACCAUCACGGGGAUCAUGAUCCCCGUGAUGGUUUUCACAGACCCAACGAAGACGACAUUCAAGUUUUACGCACAAUUGAACCUCGACCCCAGAUUGUGAACUUCCUACAAGAUAUGCUGCCUGAUGAUAGUCCACAGAAACAGGAGGGGUACCAAAUGCAAAAACAUGCAUUGGCUGCUUGCAUCAAUGGUUGGUACAAAGUCGAGGAUCUUCACCAUUGGGAUGCAAGUAUGGACACCAAACCCGACAUCAUUCUUGUCGACGAUGUUCAUCUACUCGCAAUGACGAAACAUCUCAAGCUCCUGAAAGAGAUUGAUGCUGUUGUUGUCAUUCUUUGCUCCGACCGAUCGAGAACGACAGUCAUCUCGAGAAACGUCGACUAUCCCAAACUGCACAUCAUGCCGAAGCCAUUUGGACCUUUCAAGCUCGCCAAAGCACUCAAACAUGCUCUCGACAGGCGGGGUCCUGUUUCUAGAACACCACGUGGCCCUGCUAUCUCAGAGGAGACUGGGCCCAUUCAAGAGCUCAAGCAGUCGAGUCCGACUUUGAGAAGAGUCCCUUCCCCUUCGGAAACUUUGUCUAAGCUAAUAAAGAAGCCAUCCUCCAAAGGAAGCUUCCCUUUUCCGUCAAUGACUUUCAGUCCACCCCCAACAUCACCUACACCGCACAUACCAGUGACCACGCCUCAGAUUGAAGUCUCUGGCACCUACCAGCGAAGGCUGAAGACUCUCGAUGUGCCAAUGGCAGACCAAAAGCCUCUCGAGAAGCACAACAGACUCACACGCAGCCAGAGCGAAGGCCAGACCAGUGUUCAGCUCAGACGUAUCAAGCCCAGAAUAUUGCUUGUGGAUGAUAAUGAAGUCAAUCUCAAACUUCUGCAAACCUUUUUCGUACGCCGCGGCUUCACGGACAUGAGAUUGGCUCGAGAUGGCAGUGAAGCGGUUAAGGUCUACGAAGACGCUUUAGGUCAUCGCGAACCAUUUAACCUGGUCUUCAUGGAUAUCAGUAUGCCGGUCAUGGAUGGUUUCGAAGCGACGAAUCUCAUAAGGCAAAGAGAAGCCUUGAUGGCUAGACCACACCACAGCUUAGUCGUUGCUUUGACAGGCAACGCCAGUGCAGAAGACCAGACCCAGGCCUUCACGAAUGGUAUGGACAUGUACAUGACGAAGCCAGUCUCACUCAAGGAAGUCGGAGAGCUGAUGAAGGCAUGGGAGGAGAAGUCAGCGAUAUACGGAGCUGAGGGUGCAAGAUCUGCACUUCUUGAAAGCAACGCAGCUGAGUAG